AUGAAUACGCCUUCAUUCAUGUUAAAACCUCGUAAAUUAAUAUUUGAUGAUGAUGACGAUGAUCCGUAUGAUGGAAACAUGAAUGAUUCCAAAUCACCUUCAACUUCCACUACACAUUUAAUUAUGACCGUUCGUCAUCAACAAACAACUUCAACACCUAUCUCAAAACAUACAAAUCGAUCUUUAUCAAAACGACAUAGACAAAAUGGAGAGUCAAAUCAUCUUAUUACUACAGCAUUAGCUAGACUAAGUACACGUACUCCUCCAACGUCUCGAUGUCUUGUAAUUACAACGACAACCGAAACGCCAAUAACAAAAAACCGAAAACAAUCACUGCAUCAAUAUCAUAAAAGUGUCGAUCAUUUAUUAUUAGGACGAAAUAUUAAACGAGUCAAGUUAAAUACUUCAUCCCAUUCAACACCAUUAAGCUCAUCAACGAUCAAUUCAACGCCAAGAUCAAAUAGAAGAGGCUGCAAUGUGAAUCCAUUUGCAUCAAACACGUUUUCUGAAGCAAAACAACCUCAAAAACGAAAACGCUCCAUCAAACUACCAACAAAUGACGAAGAAAACUCUGAGAAUUUUCAAUGUAAAAAGAAACUAGCAUUAAAACAAUGUAAUGUUACAAGAUUUAAUGAAGAAUUUCAUGUACAUUCACUAUUAGGAUCUGGCGAGUUUGGUGAUGUUUAUCUUUGUGUUCAUCGUCUUGAUGGAUGUACAUAUGCAAUUAAACGAUCAAAAAAGCCAAUUGCCGGAAGUUGUUUCGAAUUAUUAGCAUGGAAAGAAGUAUGUGCGCAUGCAGUUCUUGGUAAACAUCCAAAUAUUGUUCAAUAUUUCUCAGCGUGGGCCGAACUUGAUCACAUGCUGAUUCAAAAUGAAUAUUGUAAUGGUGGAAAUCUUGCUGAACGCAUACGUGAAAAUUAUCAUCGACAUUGUUCUAUGUCAGAAAAGAAAUUAAAACAAAUUAUAUUGCAUAUUGCCGACGGUUUAAAAUUUAUACAUUCAAAAAAUUUAGUUCAUCUCGAUAUUAAACCUGAUAACAUAUUUAUCUGUAUAAAUGAAUUGUUCAAGGAUGAUUUUGCGGAAUGUGAUGAAAAUAUUACUUAUAAAAUUGGUGAUUUAGGACAUGUGACUGAUAUUUAUGACCCAUUAGUGGAAGAAGGUGAUUCUCGGUAUUUAGCACGUGAAGUUUUACAGCAACAAUUUCAAUGUUUAUCGAAAGCUGAUGUGUUUUCAUUAGGUUUAACAGUAUUUGUUGCAGGUGCUAAUUGUGAUUUACCAAAAUAUGGUGAUGAAUGGGAUAAAAUUCGAAAUGGAAUACUUCCAAAACUUUCACAUUGUUCGGAUGAAUUUAAUGAUUUAAUACUGAAUAUGAUUUCGCCGAAUGUAAAUAAACGUUUAUCAUCUUCACAAUUAGCUGAUAAUCCAAUUAUAUCACCAAUAGCUCAACGUAGUAAAGAUGAAUUAUUUGAUGAAUUAAAAGAAGAACAAAGAAAAAACUCUAUUCUUGCAAAAAAAUUGUUACAGUAUAUGAAUCGUGCCAAUGAAUUAGAAAAAGUGUGUUUAAAAAUACAAUCGUUUGAUAUGAACAACAAUUCACGUCAUUCACAACAAUCAAAAUCAUCCUUACAUCGUUCUUAUAGUGCCAGUGAUCUGAUUAAUUGCUGA